AUGGGAGAUGCAGGAGCGAGCAAAACGCCGUUGAAAAUAGCAAUUAUCGGGGGAGGAAUCGGCGGGCUAAGCCUACUAUUAGGUAUACUGAACCACGGCGACCCGCGGGUUAUACAGCCGCACCUUUAUGAAGCCGCCCUUGCCUUUGCCGAGAUUGGGGCUGGUGUCGGCUUCCUGCCCAACGCGGUACGAGCGAUGUAUGCAAUCGAUCCGAAGCUCCAUGAAGCAUAUGGCCGCAUAGCGGAUGAAGCUCCGCGAGCAGAUGUCAACGGCCAGCAGAAGUACGUAUUCAGCAAAGUCUAUAUGGGUAUGGAAGGCAGAGGAAGCGGUAUGGCCAAGGCAUUCGACGAGAUCGGCACGGUGUACAAUGACAACAAGCUGCGGAACGUUCAUAGAGCGGUAUUCCUGGACGAGAUGGUCAAGCUCUUACCUAACAGCCUCGAGGCUGACCUUGUCAGCUUUGGGAAGAGAUGUACAGACAUCAGGAUACAUGAUGCCGGAGUGACAGUAGCGUUUUCAGACGGCACCUCCGAAAUCGUCGAUGCUGUUAUCGGCUGCGACGGCGUCAAGUCGGUAGUGCGAAACAUUCUUCACCAAGGACAAGAGAAAUAUGAGCCAUGUUUCACGGGAAACUAUGCCUAUCGAGGCCUCGUUCCAAUUGAAGAUGCCACCGAGGCGUUGGGAGAAAUCGCCGCUGUCCAUCACAUCCUGAUACUCGGGUACGGCGGCCACCUCGUCACCUUUCCUAUCAAACAAGGGAAAACGCUCAAUGUUGUCGCAUUCCAUGGUCGAUCGGACUGGCCUCACGGCAACAGUUGGGUCGUUCGAGCUACGGUGGAAGACGCGUUGGAGGAUUUCAAGGACUGGAGUGAGCCUAUCAAAAAGCUCCUUUCCCUGCUUCAAAGGCCCGAUAAAUGGGGCCUGUUUGAUCUUCCACCACUCAAGACUUACACCCUGGACGGCCGAAUAUGCCUACUGGGGGAUUGUGCGCAUGCAUCAACACCUCAUCAAGGUGCAGGGGCCGGCAUGGCUAUUGAAGACGCCGCAGUCCUCAGUCGAGUACUGGGAGAGAUCAAGACACCUGACAGGGUACAACUCACAAGAGCCUUUGCAGCCUAUGACGCUGUGCGGAGGGACCGAACUCAAAAAGUCGUGACCAGGAGUAGAACCCGAGGCAUGCUUUAUGAUUUCGAACUGUCUGGUGUCGGUGACGAUCUUGAGAAGGUCCGAGACACAUUAUCCACCCAAUGGGACUGGAUAUGGGAUUUGGAUAUCGAUGCUCAUUGCCGCGAGGCGCUCGGUAUCAUGCAUCAGACCCAUAUGGUCGGGAACGACUCUCCGUAA